GCUCUCAGUCUGAUGUCCAUGUCCUUUCUUAAUCCAGGAUCAAAGUGAGAAAUUGUUUCUCUUCACAGAGCUGACUUGGUGUCUCAGCCGUAAUGCGGUCUUUUCACUUUUCCUGUCACUUGAGCUGUUUUCUCACAACACAUUCUCCCUUCUCCCCUUUCCUCACCCUCUUUCCCUCCUCCUCCUCCUUCCUUCUCUUCCCUUCUACCUUCUAUCUUCAAUUCCUGACAGGCUGUUUUCACGUUCUGCAUUGCUGCCCCUGCAACCGAAUCCGUGCUGGGCCCCUUCGGGGGACCCUUGGUCCGCCUCUCAGCGUGUACAACAUGAUGAGUAACCAGUUGAAGAAGAUCAAGGUCAAAAAACACCUCCUUAGCCCGAGUCCUUACAUCUACGGCCAAUACUACCACUUCGUCGGUAUAGACUGCCUACCUAUACGGUAGCCGCUUUAUAUCGACAUGCCCUCGCCAUCUUGGUUGAGGAGAUUACAAUCAGUCUCAAAACAUUCACAAAAACAAAAUACCUUUCCAUCAUGUGCAAGUUCAGUGUUUGGUUAUGUCCCUCUGCGUUCACUCGCAUCUUUUAACCUCGCCUAUUUUGUUUAUCAUUUUCUCAUUUCGUCUCUGUAUCCUCUUUGAUUU